UGCUGCUGGCUUAAGAGGAGGAGGAGGAGAGGUGAAGAGGAUGAGUGAGUUUGUGUCCUGCAAAAACGAUCACAUUCAAGACAGAAAGAGAGAGUCCUACAACAAUGUUCCUCUUCCUCACUUUGACAUUUGAUGAAUGAACACCGCACUGGAGCUGCUUUAUAUCCAGCGCACUAUCUGGCUCUUGUUUUGUUUUGCAUGCCUUUAAACUUUAAUUGCAAAGCUGAUUAAACCGGGAAGAUGCUGCGCUGGUUGUUAAAAUGGACACUUUGCCUUCUCGUCAUAACGACGAGCACCGCCUCACCUGACGAUGCACCGGGGGAUGUCGGAGGCGAGUCCGGCUCCGGGAUGCUGCAGACAGAUGAGGUGAACAUUCUGCAGGAGCUUUCUCUUCAGGUGUCAAACAGCAGUAACGCCUCUAUGACUGUGGAGGACAGCAGGUGUCCAGUCCUACAGGUGGGACAGUACUCCACCUUGGCUCUCCCUCUCCGACAGCUCUUCAUUGACGGGUUUGCAGAUGAGUUCAGUUUACUGGUGCAGCUGCGGAGUCCUCAGAGGGUUGAGCGCAGUGUCUUUACCAUGCUGAGCCCCGACAGCCAUGUUAUGCUGCAGCUGCGGAUCAGCGCUUAUGCCGUCAUCUUCAUUGGAACACAGCAACGGCACUAUGAGCUCCCAGUCAGUGGUCUGUCCGAUGGAAAGUGGCACCACGUGGCUGUCAGUGUGUCUGCCAAGCGGCUGGCACUGUAUGUGGACUGCUCUCUGCUGGAGAGUGUGGACUGGGUGUACCACGGCAUGGGGAUCAACACUGAUGGGCUACUCAUGGUUGGAGGCAUCAUCGAGGGUUUUGAGACUCCAUUUGAAGGUCAUCUCCGACAGCUGACCUUCCUGAUGGGCGACCCAGACGCCGCCCAGCAACACUGCAGCCACCACCCGCCCCGCUGCGGUGAGGCUGUUUCCAAGCCUCCCCGCUCCCCAGGCACCAACAACGCCCUGGAGAAUCUACUGCUGUCCUCAAAUGACCUGGAGGACCUGCUGGGGGAUCCCAAGAACGAGUCAUUUUUGGGCUUUGGCAGAACUCACAAUAUGUUCCUGCGACGAGGGAGUUCUCGAGGGGACGGGACGGUGCCUUCAGGAUCCAAUCGGAAAGGAUCAGCAGGCAGUGGGGAUGUCUUUGUGGUGGACGAGGACACUGACUUGUUGGAUCCAACCUUCCAAAAUGGCGGACAGGUCAACCCUCAGUGGAAACCUUCUAGAAAUGGACUCAAGGGAAACCAGAAGGGGAAGCCUGAAAUGUCAUCUAAACAUUUGGAGGAGAACAUUACCACAGACAAGAAGGCUGACUCCGGUGGGAGGACUUCAUCGUCGUUCCCCAGAAAACCAUUUGAUGACAUCAUUGACCUGGACACCGGAAACGCCCCUAAAAAGCCCCCAGUGGAAUUUCCUGUAGUUCCUAAAAUCCCUUUAGAUCCCAGAACGUCCCCUGACUCCAACAGACUCAAGGAGGAGACAGAUGAACAGGCCAGGACUGUCUCACUUGCACCUGAUGUCAUCAUCUCUGGUCCAUCUGUGAAGGCAGUAGUUGAGGAGGGGACACCCAUCACAACUCAGAGCAGCACACACACUCAUCAUAGAGUUGAGAACAAUGGUAAACAUCCAAACAAAAAACGCCCUGAAAUUGUGACCAUUGUAUCCAGAGAUGGAGACCUGGUCCAAGGCUCAGAUGGCAAAAUGUACCGGCUACAGAAAGGACCACCAGGCCGAAUGGGUCCCUCAGGGCAGGAAGGCUGUCCUGGUGAAACUGGUCUGCCUGGGUUUAAAGGUGACAAGGGUAAGACAGGCCCUGAAGGGAGUUCAGGAAAAAGGGGGCAGACAGGACCUCCCGGACCACCAGGUUUACCAACCCUCUACCUGUGGAGGAACACUGGUGAGGAAUGGGCUGCCUUCCAGCAAACCAACUUCUACCAGUUACUUCGUGCUGGUUGGCCUAGUAAAGAGGGCCCUGCAGGACCACCUGGAGAGAUGGGCAAGCCCGGCAUACAGGGGCCAACAGGUGAACCUGGGGAGCGUGGACGACCAGGGAUGCCAGGAGAGAUGGGUGAGCGGGGUCUCAGGGGCCCUCCAGGACGAGCUGGGCCCCCAGGGAGAGAUGGGGAAAAUGGAGAAGAUGGUCAGCCAGGGUCACCUGGUGUUCCUGGAUUACCGGGCCCGUGGGGCUACAGGGGAGAACAAGGGUCCAAAGGGGAAAAAGGUGAUGAGGGUCUCAUUGGCAUUACGGGUCAAAGAGGGGAAUCUGGGGAACCUGGUGAGAAGGGCUCAACUGGUUUGCCAGGCCCACCUGGUCCUGUCGGGCCACCAGGGCCUCAAGGGAUCAGAGGUGGCUACGGGCUAGAGGGGCCGUGUGGUCCUGAUGGGGAGAACGGACUGGAUGGCCCCCCAGGUCUGCUAGGGCUGACGGGUGCACCAGGUGCUACAGGACAAGUUGGCGCUCAAGGAGUUAAUGGCUCCAGGGGGGACAUGGGACCUGCUGGCAGUGUUGGCCCCAAAGGCCCACAGGGGCCUCCAGGUUUAGAAGGACAGAUGGGACCUCCAGGACUCAGAGGACAACAAGGACAUUCAGGACUGAGCGGUGCUGCUGGGCCUAAAGGAGAUCCUGGGCCUGUGGGGCCCAUGGGUGUCCGGGGGGAUCCUGGCUUUGACGGGCCAAUGGGUCCACCAGGAAGCCAGGGUCCUAUGGGUUUUUCUGGAGUAACGGGUAACAGGGGGCCAGAUGGGGACAAGGGAGAUCCAGGACCUAAAGGCGACAAAGGUGUUCAGGGGGCAGCAGGUAUUACAGGUCCUCAGGGAGAGAGGGGCCCCACCGGCUUCCCAGGUUUCCCAGGGACCAACGGCCAGCCUGGCCCCAAAGGCACUGAGGGCACAAAUGGAGAAACUGGCCCUCAGGGAAAACAGGGCAGCAGCGGGUUAAAGGGGAACAGGGGACCAGAUGGACGCAACGGCAAACCAGGACCCAGAGGGAACAAGGGUCGGACUGGACAGAGGGGCCACGCCGGCCAACCGGGUCCAUCGGGUUUGCCGGGGCCACCUGGAUCAGAGGGAGCAGAAGGAAAGCCUGGUACACAGGGUCCGUUGGGCGCAGCUGGCAGUGCGGGCAGUAAAGGACCGAAGGGUUUUCAAGGAAUUGCUGGUGACAGAGGAGCAGAUGGCCCACCAGGGUCUCUGGGGCCACCAGGGAAGACAGGACCUCCAGGCUCACCAGGACUCCAAGGAGACAAGGGUUUUACAGGGAAGCCAGGCAUGGAGGGACCUCAGGGCCCAGUAGGCCUGUAUGGUAUCCAGGGGACUGUGGGCAUGCGUGGUCCUCCGGGUUUCACAGGAGAAAGGGGUGAGCCAGGUUUAAGAGGCUUAUCCGGGCCAGUUGGCAAGCCAGGACCUGCAGGUCUGCCAGGUCCUCCCGGAGAGAAGGGACCCCGGGGACCUCAGGGUCGACCUGGAGAUGAAGGACCCAAAGGGAUACAGGGGACACCAGGUGCUCCAGGUCUACCGGGCAGUGAUGGGGCCAUUGGGAAACCUGGACCCAGGGGAAGUAAUGGGCCCCUAGGACCUCAGGGGCCACAGGGGCCAGCAGGAAUCCCAGGCCUACAGGGUGACGAUGGUUUAAUAGGAUCAACAGGGGAAAAAGGAAACAAGGGUUUACCUGGCUCACCUGGUGAUGCUGGCCCCAAUGGACAAGAUGGACAACAGGGUAUCCCUGGCCAAACAGGCAUUGAGGGCCCACCAGGAAGGAAAGGAGACCAGGGGGACCCUGGGCCUUGUGGGAAACUUGGUCCUCCAGGGCCACAAGGAGAGAGAGGACUUGAGGGCCUAAAAGGCCAACAGGGACCACCUGGACCAGGCGGUAAAGAGGGUGAUGUUGGGCAUCCUGGUGAAGUUGGAGAUCCUGGAUCCAAAGGGGAGAAGGGUGAGGUGGGACCUCUAGGUUUGUCUGGUCGAGAGGGCCCCUGGGGAGCCCUCGGAGAAAAUGGGAGUAGGGGCCCAAAGGGGGAGAAGGGCCACAUUGGACUAAUGGGUGAACCAGGGCUGAUGGGUGAAGUGGGACCUGCAGGUCUGGCAGGGUUAAAGGGAAUGGCAGGUUCUCGGGGACCCACAGGGCUAGAUGGACCUCAGGGACAGAAGGGGGAGUCCGGGCCUGUAGGAAUUGAUGGACCACCCGGGUCGGGAGGCCCUCAGGGAAUAACUGGAGCACGUGGUGUCAGAGGAGACAUGGGGAGGCUGGGCCCACCUGGUCCAGUAGGACAAGUGGGACCUCAGGGAGACGAGGGAGCUAAAGGGUAUCCGGGGCCACAGGGACUAAAAGGAGAGCCAGGACCUCCAGGUCCACCAGGAGAACAGGGUGAAGAUGGUCUGCCUGGAAUCCAAGGUCCCCCAGCUCUGCCAGGGUUAGAGGGGCCUCCUGGAGAGAUGGGACCCCAGGGCCCCCCAGGUCCCACAGGAGUUCCUGGAGUCCAAGGAAGACCAGGACCUGAGGGGAAACAGGGCAUGAAAGGGGAGAAGGGAGACGAUGGAAAGAAUGGAUCACCAGGAAAGACGGGUCAUGUCGGAAGGAGGGGGAAACGGGGAAAGGCUGGAGUCAGAGGGACCAGAGGAGACAGAGGACCAAAGGGCGAAAAGGGAGACACAGGACUGGCAGGUCUCUCUGGGUGGCCAGGGCUCAUUGGGAUCCCUGGCUUACGUGGAGAGCCGGGGGAUCAUGGUGAAAAGGGGAAAGAGGGUCAGAAAGGAGACAUGGGGCUACCUGGACCACCUGGAGGUAAUAGCAUGAAGGGUAUUCGUGGUCCUGCUGGGUUGCCAGGUCCAGUGGGCCUAAAGGGAGAACAGGGAAAUAUUGGCCUGUCAGGGCCGAGGGGUCUACCAGGGAUGCCAGGAUUGCCUGGUUUGUUUGGAUUAAAGGGUUUGAAAGGCUAUCAAGGUUUGCCUGGUGUGCAGGGCAGGAGAGGCCUCCCGGGUCCACCUGGUGUUCCUGGACCUCCAGGACCGUCACUAAAUAUGACCUUGAUACAACUCAAGGACCUGAUGUAUGUGUCCGAUAAGCCCAACUAUCCUCUGAUCCACACUCUGCUGGAUUCUUUGCAGCAGGAGCUUCGGCUGCUGGUGGAUCCUCCUGAUGGCAGCAAAGAGCAUCCUGCCACCACCUGUCUGGAGCUCUGGCUCUGCCACCCCGAAUACAGCAGUGGAAUGUAUUACAUUGACCCCAACCAGGGCAGCCCAGCCGACGCUCUGCUGGCCUACUGCAGCUUUUCUUCCACAUCAAAACAGACCUGCCUUCAUCCUCGUGACUCUCAGUUGCCGAUGAAAGCCUGGAUGGAAGACGUUUCUGAUGAAGGAUCUUUUCAGUGGCUCAGCAAGCUGGAGCAGGGAUUUCAGUUUUACUAUGUAGGUGCCAACGUUGUCCAGAUGCGUUUUCUGAGGUUGCAUAGCAGCACUGCCGUCCAGAAGGUGACCUACUCCUGCCAUCCAGGACACAGAUUGGGCCAGACAGACAAAGACGUCAAAUUCCUCACUGACACAAGGAAGCAAAGUUACCUUGGAGCACUUAAAGACUGUGUGCCUGAAGAGGAGACGGUUUCUGGACCUCGGGAGUCUGUAUUUGAGUUCGAGGACCUCCAUCUGCUUCCUCUGAGAGACGUGGCACUAAGGGGAGGUGGAAACUUCACACACCUGUUUGGCUUCACUGUCGGACCUGUUUGUUUCAGCUAGAGCGGGGAGACAGCUGAGCCCUUCCAGAAGACUUGCAGGUCCAGGAAGCAAACCUCUGUUCAAAUCAUGGACACCAAAGAGGACGACUGGAACCUCUCCUUCAAUUUCUGAGGAUGUCACUUCCUUUUCCUCUUGUAUCCAGGGGUUUGAUCUGUCAAGUUUAGUGACUCCGUAAUCAUGAAUUUGAGAGGGCACGUGUGUCCCCAAGCUCACGGAGAAGUAAAUUUUGUUUACAGAGACUUUUAACUUGUAUUGAUUAAAUUAAAAAUGUAUGUUUUUUAUCUUUUAUAUACAAUGUUUUUUUUUUAAAUCUGUUUGACUUUUGUUAUGUAUUUUGGGCUCUUGUCACAGCCAGCCCACUGUGUAUAUACAGUAAAAGUCAGACUUUCCUAACUGACUUCUUAACAAUGUGUUCUGCAUGGGGGCACAGCUUCUGCCGUCCCAUUGGCUGUAAGUAACCAGGCCAGUCACCUCUCUCACUGUAAGCCCACUGUUUUAGUGCUGUAAGUGAACUCAUAUGUGUCACUUUCCUCAAUGUGCUGACCAAGUUUUAUUUAAAAGCCCCACAUUUAUUUAAUCCCCAAAACAAUAAACGGGGACAGUCAUAUUAUCUUAUACAUACUCCAUACUGUCCGUUAUCAAUAGCAAGACAAAAUCUCAUUUUGUUAAAAUAUAAAUCAUUGUUUAUUGUUUUUACAGUUUCAUAUAAUUGUAUGUUUUUUUUUUACAUCUCAGGUAUGAUAUUUUGAUG